GGCGGAUUGUGCCCACGCGGCUGUCCAGGAUGGAACCUCCUUCCCAGGGCAGGAAGCCCUGGAGCCGGGAGAGGACACUCGGCCGAGGUGGGCAGCGCGGAAGGGGCCCCGGGAGACGGACCGGGCCGCGCGACCGGCUUUCCUGUGUCACCGCCGCAGGCAGGCGGGCCACCGAGCUCCAGGAGGGGGACCGUGAGGACUCCGAUGAAGAACGGACUCCGAGCAGCAAGUGAAACCUUGGGUGGCCUUCAGAAGAGAACACAGUAAACACCAGAAGGCAACAUCCAGGGUGCCAUUAAGCAAGGAAUAUAGUUUGAAGGAAUUGUCAGGAAUAGCAAAUUGGAUGACUGCAAAUGACUCAGAGCAUGCCCAGAAACCAGUGUCCCCUCCUGGAGAAGCAUGUGCCUUUGAAAAGCACACUAGACAAAAAUUGGAACUCGGGAGAAAGGAGAUGGACAUGGAGGUGUACAUCCUACAAGAAAGAAAGGGCCAUGUGUACCAAGAGGUCAGCGAGCCCCAGGAUGAUGACUACCUUUAUUGUGAGAAGUGUCGGAACUUCUUCAUCGACAGUUGUGCUGUGCAUGGACCCCCUACAUUUGUAAAGGACACUGCAGUGGACAAGGGGCAUCCCCACCGCUCAGCCCUCACCCUGCCCCCUGGAUUGAGAAUCGGGCCAUCAGGCAUUCCUGAGGCUGGGCUUGGAGUGUGGAAUGAGGCAGCUGACUUGCCAGUGGGUCUGCACUUUGGCCCUUAUGAAGGACACAUCACAGAAGAUGGAGAGGCAGCCAAGAGCAGAUACUCCUGGCUGAUCGCCAAAGGGAGAAACUGCUAUGAGUAUGUGGAUGGAAAGGACAGAUCCUGGGCCAACUGGAUGAGGUAUGUGAACUGUGCCCGGGAUGAUGAAGAGCAGAACCUGGUGGCCUUUCAAUACCACGGGCAGAUUUUCUACCGAACCUGCCGGGUCAUCAGGCCGGGCUGUGAGCUGCUGGUCUGGUUCGGGGACGAGUAUGGCCAGGAGCUGGGCAGCAAGUGGGGCAGCAAGUGGAAAACAGAGCUUGGUGCCAGGAGAGCAGAACCAAAGCCAGAGGUCCACCCAUGUCCAUCCUGCUCUCUGGCCUUCUCCACUCAGAAAUUCCUCAGCCAACACGUGAAACUCAAUCAUCUCUCUCAGAUUCUCCCGGGAACAUCUGCAAGAAAACACCUCCAAGCAGAGGACCCCUGUCCAGAGGAUCAGAAUCAGCAGCAGCAACAACGUACUCAUACACACAGCUGGAAUGAUAAAGCUGAAGGUCAAGAGGUCAAAGAAAUGUCCAAACCUUUGCUUAAAAGGGUCAGUCAGAGGAGAAUCUUAAGGCCCUUUCUCCAAACUUCCAAAGGACAAAUGAGGGGUUCUAGUGAGCAUGAGAGAAUGAUGGAGGAAGAGCCCUGCAGAGGCCAGGAAGAGAGUCCAGAGGGCACAGGCAAGUUAUUUGUAAAAGUAGGAAUUUCAAAAAUUGUAACAAUGGAGCACAGAGGGUGUUGGCAAGGCUUCAGUGAUGGGUCACAUCGCAUCACACACCAGAGGACACACUCAGGGGAGAAGCUCUAUGUUUGCAGGGAGUGCGGGCGAGGCUUUACACGGAAGUCACAUCUCAUCACACACCAGAGGACACACUCGGGAGAGAAGCCCUAUGUUUGCAGGGAGUGUGGGAGAGGCUUUACACAGCGGUCACAUCUCAUCAUACACCAGAGGACACACUCAGGGGAGAAGCCCUAUGUUUGCAGGGAGUGUGGGCAAGGCUUUACACGGAAGUCACAUGUCAUCACACACCAGAGGACACACUCAGGGGAGAAGCCCUAUGUUUGCAGGGAAUGUGGGCGAGGCUUUACACAGAAGUCAGAUCUCAUCAGACACCAGAGGACACACUCAGGGGAGAAGCCCUAUGUUUGCAGGGAGUGUGGGCAAGACUUUAUACGGAAGUCACAGCUGAUUACACACCAGAGGACACACUCAGGAGAGAAGCCCUAUGUUUGCAGGGAGUGUGGACAAAGCUUUACAUGGAAGUCACAUCUCAUCACACACCAGAGGACACAUUCAGGGGAGAAGCCCUAUGUUUGCAGGGAGUGCGGGCGAGGCUUUACAGACAAGUCAGGUCUCAUCAGACACCAGAGGGCACACUCUGGGGAGAAACCCUGUGUUUGCAGGGAGUGUGGGCGAGGUUUUACAUGCAAGUCACAUCUCAUCACACACCAGAGGACACACUCAGGGGAGAAGCCCUAUAUUUGCAGGGAGUGUGGGAGAGGCUUUACACAGAAGUCACAUCUCAUCACACAUCAGAGGACACACUCGGGGGAGAAGCCCUAUGUUUGCAGGGAGUGUGGGAGAGGCUUUACACAGUGGUCACAUCUCAUCAUACACCAGAGGACACACUCUGGGGAGAAGCCCUAUGUUUGCAGGGAGUGUGGGCAAGGCCUUACACGGAAGUCACAUCUCAUCACACACCAGAGGACACACUCAGGAGAGAAGCCCUAUGUUUGCAGGGAGUGCGGGCGAGCCUUUACCUGGAAGUCAGAUCUCAUCAGACACCAGAGGACACACUCAGGGGAGAAGCCCUAUGUUUGCAGGGAGUGUGGGCAAGACUUUAUACGGAAGUCACAGCUCAUUACACACCAGAGGACACACUCGGGAGAGAAGCCCUAUGUUUGCAGGGAGUGUGAGCGAGGCUUUACAUGCAAGUCAGGUCUCAUCAACCACCAGAGGACACACUCAGGGGAGAAGCCCUAUGUUUGCAGGGAGUGUGGAAGAGGCUUUACACAGAAGUCACAUCUCAUCACACACCAGAGGACACACUCUGGGGAGAAGCCCUAAGUUUGCAGGGAGUGUGAGCGAGCCUUUACACAGAAGUCAGCUCUCAUCAGACACUAGAGGACACACUCGGGAGAGAAGCCCUAUAUUUGCAGGGAGUGUGGGUGAGGCUUUACACAAAAGUCACAUCUCAUCACACACCAGAGGACAUAUUCUGGGGAGAAACCCUAUGUUUGCAGCGAAUGCAGGCGAGGCUUUAUACAGGAGUCACAUCUCAUCAGACACCAGAGGACACACUCAGGGGAGGAGCCAGGCUUAUGAAGAAGAGUGUCUACAUAAACGAUGUGGAUUUCAGUAAUAAAUAUCCACUAUUAUUUCCUUUUAGGCUUUUUUAAA